AUGGAUGAGAGGAUCGUGCUGAACGUCGGAGGUGUUCGCCACGAAACAUACCAAGCUACUCUCAAAAAGAUUCCAGCAACCCGCCUUAGUCGGUACGUCGGUAAGUGUCAGAAUAGCCAAAUUCCAAAGGAUCCUUCAGUUUAACUCCAUCUCUUGCCAACUUUGAUCCCCUUCUCAACGAGUACUUUUUUGAUCGUCAUCCUGCUGUUUUUUCUAUGGUAAGUUCUCUAAAAGAGUAACAUGGUUUUUAGACUCUUUUUCUAGAUAUUGAACUAUUAUCGAACCGGGAAAUUGCAUUAUCCCACGGACGUUUGUGGUCCUCUAUUCGAAGAAGAACUUCAGUACUGGGGUCUAGACGCGUCAGAUACAGAACCUUGUUGUUGGAUGCAACUUCUCCACGCUAAGUACGCAGAAAUUGAAAAGUGUCACUGUGAACGUUACUACUUGCAGAGACACUCAGGAGACGCUUGCCGUGCUCGACAGAAUGGAUGCUGAUCACGAGGAUGACCCGCAGCUCCGCGAGCAGGACACUAUGAAAAAGUUCGGAUGGGAAGAAGAUUACUUUCAGGUACACACAAAUAGUGAGUUUCUUAUCAUUUUCCUUUUAUUUUAGGGAAAGCGAACGCGUUGGAUGAAGGUGAAACCCCAGGUCUGGUCCCUGUUCGACGAGCCCUAUAGCUCACAGGCGGCAAAAUUUAUUGCCGGAAUUUCGGUGCUCUUCAUUUUCAUCUCGAUCUUCUCGUUCUGCCUCAAGACCCACCAGAGCUUUCGUCUCCCAGUACUCACCGGACAGAAUAUCACCAUGCCGUGAGUACAAGAGAAAAAUAAUCAAAACUGAAAUGUACUUUCAGAGGAGGCUUCAUCCAACCAUCAAUCGAACGAGUUUCCACCGAGCCCUUGCCGAUCUUCGGACAAAUCGAAAUGCUUUGCAACAUCUGGUUCACUUUGGAGCUCAUCAUCCGUUUCAUCUUCUGCCCGUCUAAAAUCCGCUUCUUCAAAAGCCCUCUGAACAUGAUUGAUUUGGUCGCCACUCUUUCGUUUUAUGCAGAUGCGAUGAUGGUGCGAGUUGUCGAGGAUGAGCCGAAGGAUGUCGUCGAGUUCCUCUCCAUGAUUCGUAUUUUCCGGCUUUUCAAACUAACACAGCACCAUCAAGGACUACAAAUUCUGAUUCACACGUUCCGGGCCAGUGCAAAGGAGCUGAUACUUCUCGUGUUCUUCCUGAUUCUUGGAAUAGUCAUAUUCGCUGCUCUCGUGUACUAUGCCGAGAAAAUGGAAGCAAAUCCGAACAACCAAUUCCAGUCAAUCCCAUUGGGACUCUGGUGGGCAAUCUGCACAAUGACCACCGUCGGAUACGGAGACAUGACGCCCCAUACGUCAUUCGGAAGAUUGGUAGGAUCUUUGUGCGCCGUCAUGGGAGUCCUUACUAUUGCUCUGCCAGUUCCGGUAAGCAAAUCAUUAUUAUUUCCAUAUUACAAUCAUAUUGUUCAGGUUAUCGUCUCUAACUUCGCAAUGUUCUAUUCUCACAAUCAGGCGAGAGACAAGCUGCCAAAGCGUCGGAGGAGAGUACUUCCCGUUGAGCAGGUUCUCGUACAACCGGAAAUCAUGACUUAUCAUCACAUCUCGUUUCAGAUCCGACUUCAAGCCCGUCGCCACGCGGCUGUUCUCGAGCCAACUGGCUCUGCGGGUGGCUCCGGCGGCUCAGCUGUUCGUCGUCGAAACAUGCCAAUUCUGAUAGGUACAAAAUUACAUCAGACAUUGUGAAAAAGUAAAUCUAAUUGGUUUCAGAUCAAAACUGCUGUGAUGAGGAUAACCAUAACCACAAGCACAGGGAGAAAUCCGAUAAUUCAGGUGUGUAAUCGAGAGGCGGCUAUUUCAAUUUGAUUUGCAGAAGAGGGAACGAAUAGCUCGAGUACGACUGGAGUGGACACCGUCGUAAAACUGGGGCCCAGUGAAACGGCCAUUACCACCACCAUCAUCUCCUAA